UUACUAUUCACAUGAUAUAAAGCAAAUAUAAAAAAGCUUUGUCCAUUAAAAUACGAUUUUUGGACUCUUUUUUUCUUCUUCCUUUCUUUCUUUAACAUGGCUAUAAGUUCUAAUCCUAAUAUACUCCAAAAAUAUCUCUCACUUCCACAAAACAAUAAAAUUCAAGUAGAAUAUAUUUGGAUUGAUGCCAAUAAUAGCUUGAGAAGCAAGACACGUACUGUAGAUUUCAUUCCUCAAAAAGCAAAUGAAUUGCCUGAAUGGAACUACGAUGGCUCUUCCACUGGACAAGCUGAAGGUCAUGAUUCAGAUAUCUUGAUACAACCGGUUGCUCUAUUUGCUGAUCCUUUUAGAGGAAACAAUAAUAAGCUGGUACUUUGCGAAACAUUUAAUAACGAUGGUACCCCUCACUCUACUAAUUAUCGACAUACUUGUGCAAAGACAAUGGCAGCUUAUGCGGAUGCUAAGCCUUGGUUUGGUAUUGAACAAGAGUAUAUGUUAUUUGAUCCGUCAACUACUAAGCCUUAUGGAUGGCCUAUGCAUGGUUUCCCUGAACCUCAGGGUAAGUAUUAUUGUGGUGUAGGUGCAGGAAAGGUCUUUGGCCGUGAUAUUGUUGAAGCUCAUUACCGAGCUUGUCUAUAUGCCGGUAUUAACAUCUCUGGCGUAAAUGCUGAAGUCGCCCCAGGUCAAUUUGAAUUUCAAGUUGGUCCUUGUGAAGGUAUUGAGAUGGGAGAUCAUCUUUGGGUAGCUCGUUAUCUUCUUGAACGCGUCACUGAGGAUUUUGGUAUUAUUGUCUCAUUACAUCCUAAACCAAUUAAAGGUGACUGGAACGGUGCUGGUUGUCAUACUAAUUUUUCUACUAUUGAGAUGCGCCAAGAAGGUGGUUUAUCUGCAAUUGAAAAAGCUAUUAAAAAGCUAAGUCCUCGUCAUAUGGAGCAUAUUGCUGUUUAUGGCGAAGAUAACGAUCAAAGAUUAACAGGUCGACAUGAAACUGGACAUAUUAAUGAUUUCAGCUAUGGUAUUGCUAAUCGAGGUGCAUCAAUUCGUAUUCCUCGCCAUGUUGGUAUUGAAGGUAAAGGGUAUUUUGAGGAUCGUCGUCCUGCUUCCAAUAUUGAUCCUUAUAGAGUUACGAAUGUUAUUAUUGAAUCUACUUUCCUUCCUGAUGUUUAAAAAGCUUUUUUUUUUAUGUACUUUUUCUUGUAUAUGAUUAAAAUUUAAACAAACUUUUAUGCUGUAUAUAUGAAAAUAUAUGUCAAACUUUUACAUAUGAUUUACUGAUAAUAAAGUCAUUAAUUAAGAAAAUUAUCUCUUAAUUUACAUGAAAACUAUAAAUAAAGGAAAAAACUCAGGUG